GACUGAGAUCAAAUCGGCUCCUGCGCGACGGAGACGAGCUCUCACCUGCUCUCACGCUGCGAAGAGGUAGCCAUCAACCCGCUUACUCUGGAUUAACAACUGCAGCGUGAUCGGCCCGCUGCGUGUGGCCCGAGAGACACGAGAAGCCGAAGAGUCAUUUGUUUCAUACGCGCACUAUAUGGAGAUCCCCGCCCUCUUUCUCCCGGCCCUCGCCGGCGCCGCAGUGGGCCUCGUCGUCGUCAUGCUUCUGGUGCGAAACAAGCCCGAGCCGGCGAGCAUUCGCCUCGCGCCCGAGCAGCGGGCGGCGAUCCAAGACCAUUUCAACUCCGGGCCGACCCUCGCGGGCAGCUACGGCUGGAGCCGGCGCCAGUACGCCCCGAUGCACAUUCACAGCAAGGCGUUUGCGUCUUUACGCGAGCAGAUCCACGAGCAGUUACCGGACCACGCGAUCGCCUUCGACGUCGUCUUCGAGUCACAAGGAAAGCGGGUCGACUGGCACGGGGACUACGAGAGCCUCGGGCCUUUUGAAUUUGCCGGCGUCUCCUCUAUAAGAAACCACGACUUCGUGAGCGUCCAUUUCAACCUCACGCCGGACGGAGGCAGCCUCGCGACGCUCGACUGGCCGCUCGUGUCGACGCUGCACCACUUCGUCAUCGUUAAGUGGGGCAUCUACAGCCGGCCGCACAAGCUCCUGAACUUUCUGUCGCGGCCGCUCUUCUGGCUCUUCGCGACGACGCGGCGGAACGCCGUAGGCGUGGGCAACUCCUUCGAUAAUAUGCGCCUUCACAGCGUCGGCGCCGGCGCGGCGCGCCUGUCGUACGUGGUGCGCCUCGUCCGCAAAGACGGCGGGGUGACGAUGUCGCCGGCGACCGUCGCGACGUGCGCGAGUCGCUCGACGGCGUGCGAGCGCCUCACGAAGGUCCUGGCGCCGGCGGUGACCUCGCCGACGUCCGCGGGCGAAUUCCCCUGGGCGGGUCUCGCCGCCGACCUCUGAGCUACCCUGUGAGUCGCGGCGAUGGCGUGGAGGCUUGUGAGUCGCGGCGAUGGCGUGGUGGCGUGUGAGUAAGAAAUACAUGUACAUUACAAAA